AUGGGUUUUGAUCUACUGGAGGAGUUUCAUGUUCCCCAGUCAAGAGGAGUGAGGCGGGUUGGAGGCUCGAAUCCCGAGGCUGUGGCGUACCGCAUCAGCCCUUCCGCCCUCCUACAGAGGAGUAUCAGUGAUGUGUAUCCAGAUGGAAUCCCCUCGGACUACUCUAUAAUUGCAACCUUCAAAUUGACAAAGGAUGCAGUCAGUAAAUCCUGGAACCUGUGGCAAGUCAGUGACCUAGAAGGAAGAGAGCUAAUUGGCCUGCGUUUCCAGAGUGAUACACGGUCUUUGGACUUCUAUUACACUGGCUCCAAUGGGAGGCAAAUGUUGAGGACCUUCUAUGGUGUGCAAAAGUUGUUUGAUGGAGAAUGGCACAAGCUAGCGCUGAGUGUGAUGGACAGCCAUUUGAAACUGCUGAUAGACUGCAGUGAGUAUAGUGUGGAAUCCAUUGAUGAGCCAAGGCCGGUAAUCCACCAAGGGUACACUUCCAUUGUCAAGCGAGCCGUUGGCGAUCACUAUGCGUCUGUGGACCUUCAGCAGAUGGAGGUGUCUUAUGACCCAGAGCUGGCCUACACAGAGGGAUGCUGUGAGCACUCCAAUUUGUGUGGAGGGCAGGCUCACAUUGGUCUAAUUGCUGGGAGAGCAUCUUGCAAGUGUAUGCAUGGACAACCCGGAAUUCAGGGAGCCCCUGGGCCAAAGGGUCAUGUUGGUCGCCCAGGAGAAACUGGAGAUCCAGGAAGACCAGGAGUCUGGGGCAUCAGGGGAAAUGGGGGAGUUUAUGGCAAUGUUGGAGAUACAGGCCCAAAGGGUGAAAAAGGAAUCAAAGGCGAGAAAGGAAUGAGAGGACUCAGGGGCCAAAUGGGAGACAGAGGUCCUAAAGGUUUGAAAGGACUCAAAGGGGCAGUGGGCUUCAAGGGAGUUUGGGGACCACCAGGUGGCAUAGGGGAGACUGGAAAACCAGGAGCAAUUGGUUCCAAAGGCGGAAGAGGAUAUGAUGGCAUUCUCGGAUAUCAAGGAAUUAAGGGAGAAAAAGGGGCCCCUGGUGCCAUUGGACCUGCUGGACCCCGUGGAAAGCAGGGUAUUGUAGGAGAUCCUGGAGAGAGAGGGGUUCCUGGAGCAAAGGGGAAACCUGGCAUCCAAGGUCUCAUGGGCAGAGUUGGCACCAUCGGCAUAGAGGGUAUUAUUGGAGAUCCAGGUUUACCAGGCAGAUCUGGAAGCCCUGGAAUAGAGGCCUUUCAAGGUCCUCAAGGUCUUAGUGGAAGCCUAGGAAGACCUGGAGAAAAGGGAGAGAAAGGUUCCUUGGGGCCAGCAGGAGAAAUGGGCCCCCAUGGUCGGACUGGUUUAAAGGGUUACAAGGGUUCUGCAGGAAAGCCAGGACGACCUGGAUUUAUUGGCCCCCCAGGCCCGACUGGGCAUGUGGGUGUGCCUGGAAAACCAGGACCCAAGGGUGACAUAGGAAUCCAGGGAAUCCAAGGCGUUAAAGGUGCAAAGGGUGACACUGGAGCUAAAGGACAAAGUGGAAUGGUUGGAGACAGGGGUACACAGGGUCCUCAGGGAGGACGGGGUAAGCGUGGACCAGUGGGCCUACCUGGGCAUUCGGGCCCUAUCGGCAUCAAGGGGGUUCGAGGUGAAAGAGGACCGGAUGGCUUUCAGGGGCUCCUGGGACCACCAGGCCCGACGCUCCCUGCUCAGCAUGUGAUUGAAAUUUGUGAAAAAGUGGUUCUGGAGCAGAUGUCUGCUUUUGCCAACUCUGUGAAGAGAACGUGUGCUGCCGUUUGUCCACUCUAUGGGGAUGUGCCAAUGGGUGCACUUGGUCCCCCUGGUCAGAAGGGACCACCAGGACCUCCCGGUGAUCCUGGCAAAGAUGGCAUUGAUGGUGAAGUGGGCUUACAGGGAAUCUUGGGAGAAGCCGGAGACUCAGGCCCACAAGGAGCAAAAGGUGACAGAGGGGAGAAAGGUGACAAAGGGCUGAAGGGUUACGACAUACUUGGACAGACUGGAGACCGAGGACCUAAAGGUCAGCGUGGACAUCCUGGAAAAGCUUUUAGCGGCCAACCGGGGAAGCAGGGCGAGAGGGGACUUGUAGGACAGCCAGGACAGAGGGGGCACCCGGGGCUUCGAGGCCCCCCAGGUGUGUGCAUCACAUCUGGGUGUGGUUCGCUGAAUUCCACGAGUGGAACAACUCAGCCAGCACCCCAAAGAUCGAGGAGUCGUCCGUAGAAGAAUUUGUAAUGAUGCUUAUUUGCAUGUUGAGCUGAGUGUGACACUGACAGUCUUUUAUUGACAAAGUGUAUUAAAGUAUGUUGAUCAAAUUGUUUUCAUGUACACAUAAAUCAAGAAGAAGCAUAAUAUUUGAACCUCUGGUAACAGUUUGUAAAUCAGGUGUGACAAGAGAUACAGUGAAAGACAAAAUUUAUAUAAUGCAUUUGUAAAAACAGGCCAUCCUUGUUAUUUUAUUUAAAAUAUUGUCUGUAGUUUCAGCUGCCUUUAAUCAUCUGUUCUUUAUAAUAAAAUAUCAAAAGGUU